AUGGUAUCUGCACAGUCCCCCACGGGGUCGCCGGCGAGCGACGCCGCCCAAAUUACGUCCGCACCACCCCCGCACGCUACUGCAGGGGCCACCCAGCCGUCGCCCUACCCACUUGGUACUGGUUGGGGCGGCUACCCUCACCCGUUCGCGGCCUGCCCCAGGUCGCCGGCGAGCGUUGCCGCCCACCUGGCGUUGGCGCUGCCCCCGUGCGCUGCUGUGGGGGCCACGCAGCUGCCGCCUCACCCACCUGGCGUGGGUGGGGGUGGCCCGUCUAACAUGUUCGCGGCCGGCCCCAAGUCGCCGGCGAGCGAUGCCGCCAACCUGGUGUCGGCGCCGCCCCCGCACGUUGCUGCGGAGGCCUCGUAG